CUCGACUCGAUAUUACAUAAAACCCAUACACACACAAAUGUGCGUGUUCUCCUCCUCUCGUCUCUCCUCUUCGCCGAUUGCUUCUAUUUGCUUUCUUUUCUUUUUAUUUUUUUGGCCUUUCCGUCCACUAAUUUUUUCAAGCAACGUAUUAACAUAAAAAUUUAUCCCACCAUUUCCCACAGAUUUUUUCCCCCUCCCCGUCUCACCUUUGUCUAUAGCGAAUAAUGAUCACAAACCCUUCUCUCAUCUGAUCUUUUAUUUGAAGCGGCAAUUCGGUACUCCUCCGUUUUGGUAGUAUGUUAUGAGGUGAAAGAAGCGAUCUCCGCCGCGGCGGCGCGUAUGGUGGCGCUGACGAUUCCGUCGAUCGGGCGUCGGGCCGAGAACACAUCGCCACCAUCGGCGGUGGCGGAGGUCAUGGCGGGAUGCUCACGCCGCCUCAUCGACCAGUCGCUCACCGCCCGUUACUCCGAUUGGAUCGCGGAGGCCCUCGACGAGAUCCAGGGCUGCUUCCUGAUCACGGACCCGGGUGUCGCAGGCCACCCCAUCGUCUUCGCCAGCCACGGGUUCCUCGCCAUGUCCGGAUACUCCCGUGAGGAGGUCCUCGGCCGGAACGGCCGGAUGUUCCAGGGCCCUGCCACCAACCGGCGGUCGGUGUUGGAGAUCCGCGAGGCGAUACGGGAGGAGCGGACGCUACAGAUCAGCUUGCUUAAUUACCGGAAGGACGGAACGCCGCAUUGGAUACUAUUCCAUCUUUUCCCGGUGUUUGGGGUGGACGACGGGAGGGUGGCGCACUUUGUGGCGGUCCAGGUGCCGAUCCCGAGGCGAUCGAGGUCGUUGUCGGAGGCUAGAUGUGGAGGAGCUAGAGGGAGGUUGUUUGGGGCGUGCCGGAACGAGGUUCGCUCCGACUGCGAUUUAGGGUGUAAUCUUGCUGCGGAUUUGUUUGUGGAUGUCGACAAUAGAGGAUUGGAGGCUGAAGAAUCACGUGAAGCGAGCGAGCAAGAGAAAGAGAGGGCCUCAGAUGCUGCCAACAGCAUCCUGUCAGCUCUGACUCAGUAUAGCAAGCUUACAGGCAGAGUGGUCAGCAGCCAGAGAAGCAGAUUGGCUGGCAUCUCCCCACUCAGUUCAUCCCUUAUUUUAUCUCUUGGUAGAAUCAAACAGAGCUUUGUACUGACUGAUCCCCAGUUACCUGACAUGCCCAUUGUUUACGCCAGCGAUGAAUUCCUAAGUCUGACAGGUUACUCAAGACAUGAGAUAUUGGGACACAACUAUGAGUUCUUGAAUGGACCUGAUACAGAAGUUGAGGUGUUACAUCAGAUAAGGCAAAGCAUUCAGGUCGAGUGUGCUUGUACAGUACGUCUCCUGAACUACAGGAAAGACGGAAGCUUGUUUUGGAAUCUACUUCAUGUAUCACCUGUGCGGAAUGCAUCUGGCAAGGUAGCAUUUUAUGUUAACGUUCAGAUUGAUGAGAACGCAAAGAGUGAUGGCCUUGGUUUGAGCCCACAUAUGAGACAGCUUGGUGUUGUGGGUGCAGUGAAGGUUGCAGUGAGGAGUUUGUCAUUGUGCGCAGGCCCUUCAAGGCCAUCUUCGUAGGAUUAUUAGUUUCCUUUUCACAGGCAUAAUAUGUUUUGCUAGAUCUAAUUCUCUUUAGUUCACACUCAGUGGUUCUGUUCCUGUCCAUAUGAAAUUACUGUUUCAAUGAAAAAAAAGUUCAUUAGCAGUGCGCUGCACAUUAGAAAGUAAAAAGCUCGGCAAGUUACGAGUUGUGCUCA